UCUUUGUUUCAUUAAAUCUGUCAUCUGCCUGUAGAUGGGAGGGAUAUAUAGACUGACAUUAAAGCUAGUAUAAGGAAAAACUGCGCUCAUAUCCGAGAUGGAUGGUAUUUUUUCCAAUCCUAAGAAAGAUUACGAGUCUGAUUGUAUAAUGUGUAAAAGACCGAAGGAGAAUAUCCCAUAAUGCACCAUGCUAUGAGGAUCCAGUGCAUCCAGUUAUCCCUGCCAUAACCAUGUAAACCAGAAAACUGUACAUUUUAGGAAUAUUAAAACUUAAAUAUUCGUUUAAGUUCAUCCACUUAAAACAGUAGCCAGUCUGCUAAUUCAUUUAAUUUACUUAUCUUAUACAUAUUUCAUGUCAAGCGUAUUUAUUUUCUUAUUUAUAAUUACAUAAUUUAGGUUUGUGUUAUAUGUGUCACCAACAUGAUUAAAAAUGUAAAAUUCAUAAAGUGUUGCGGUUUGCACCCUCUUGUCAUGUCUGUACCCUCUGCUGCCGGUGUGAAAUAUUAAUUACUUUGCUCUUUCUCUUUUCUCUUCUCUGCCAACAGCUGCCCCUGUACAAUAGCGUUUCCCUCCCGGCUGCAAACACACAGCGUCUGCUGUACAGACACAUGCACACACUCCCCACCUGCGGCUGCUCCUCUGAUGACAGACACCAAACUCAGAACCUCCAGGAUGCAUCUGUUGUUCGUGCUUCCCUUGGUGCUCGAGGUCCAGUCCAUCUCCAUGAGUCAAAACCUCACCUAUGACUGCACCUGUUACGAGGAGCUCAAAUUCACCAACUGCACCAGCAGAAAUUUCACCCACCUGCCCGCUGCUCUUCCACCCUUUACCGAACAACUGGACCUGUCCCUCAACCACCUGAGUGCCAUCCGGCCCCGAGCCUUCCACAGCACACAAAGACUUCGCAUCCUGCUCCUGAAUGACAAUGUGAUUGCUGUGCUAGCUGACGGAGCGUUCUCUCUUCUGGAAGGACUGUUGAGGUUGGACCUGAGCCGAAACCGAAUCUCAUUCCUGAGUGAAGGAUUUUCGCAGGGUCUCAGUUCCCUUCGAGAUCUGUCACUGGCUGAGAACCGAUUGACCAGCUUGGACAGCAGUUGUUUUGUCCACUUUGAUGCCCUCCAAAGACUCAACCUCAGCCAUAAUGCUAUCGAGACCAUCAAGAUGAGGGCGUUUGGUUCCAUGAGUACCCUACGCCAGCUACAACUCAACUCAAACAAUUUAACAGUUCUCAAAAAUGGCAUCUUCUCCAUGCUACGAAACCUCGAAGUCUUGAAUUUACAUCACAACCAAAUACACUACUUGGACGUCGGCGUGCUUUCGCCAUUGACCAGUCUCGCUCUACUGGACCUCACCAACAACAACCUCUCCACGAUUCAGUUCAUGACCUUCCUGAGUCUCAAAACGUCCAGCACUCACAUAAUACUCCAAGGAAACCCGUGGAAUUGUGACUGCGAUCUGCAGCGGGUCUUCCGGAAACUCUGUAACGUCAAGAGGCUCUUCCUGGACGACUACGAUAACCUCACAUGCGUGAAUUUGGACGAAAGUCAAAGGAACUACACGAUGAAAGAGGAGCUCUGCAUUGCAGAGAUGGUUACUGUCCUGGUCAUCACGCUCACGGUGGUCAUCACUGUUGUGGCUGCCAUCGUCAUGGCGGAGAAGAAAAGGAAAAAAAAGAACAAAGAAAAGCAUUGGACAGAAGUCGGCGAGUUGUCGUGCGCAUCGCAAGACUGAACCAAUGCAGAUAAUGUAAAAAGGAACAUUAAACUCAUUAUACUUGUAUGAUAUUAUGCUUUAGGUUGUCAAAUUCAGGGUUUCUGCAAAUUUCAUGAAGGUACAUUUUUAAGACCAAGUUAAAAAAUGUAAGGAAUAAAUUGAAUGGAACACAAUACAUUGGCAUGGUGCCUAAAUGUAAA